AUGGCUUCAUUGGGGUGUUUUUCCCUGACAGAGUUGUUAUUGUUUCAUAUGGGUUUUUGUUUGCGUUGCAUUUAGAAAGGGACUGGCCCGUUUCACAAACCCAAAGAUGUUGGUUCAUUUUGAUACUCAAAGUGGUGUUUAACAGAUGUGAUCGUACGUCGUAACUCUUGUGAAAGUGGUGUGUGUGUUUAACAGAUAUGACCGUACGUCGUAGCUCUCUUGUAAAAGUGGUGUGUGUAUUUAACAGAUGUGAUCGUACUUCGUAACUCUCUUGCGUUGUGUUUUUAAAGAAAGGCCUGUCCAGCCAGCGAGCCCAGUUGAUUGGUGUUUAUUCUGACAAUAGACACAAGGAAGCACAUUAGAUGUUAGAUUAGAUGUGCAACAGUAUGUUGAUGGCUGUAAAUUUGUGAUUCGUCUGUAGCAUGGAAAUAAUUGUAUAUUAGCAGGGACCAAUGAGACCAUUAUAUCUUGAGAAUGCCAGCUAACUCACUCUUAGAGCAGUAACAAACAAAAGCACAUCCCAGGAUGCCCCCAAUAUUUACCAGGUACCGUACACAUAUAUACACAAACCAGGACAUGGACAUAGUGAACUCCUACACAUUAUAAAUAUGACAAUAGAGUACAGUAUUUCAGAACGUGACCUACCACUUGCAUGUCAGUAUCAGACUGGGAAGAAUUGACAUUUGUGAUCAUCUCCCUACCUGCGAGCAUGACCAAGUUGAAUACGUAUUUCUGCAAUGGCAAGUGGAAACAUAACCAACCGUGUGACGUGUAGGCCUGUGCACUGCCAUGCGAGCUUACCUUCUGACUCACACAGGCCUUCACAUGAACACAGAGAGACAGGAAAGGCUAUCAGUAGAUCAAGAUCUGUGACUCGACUGGGAAGUGAGUCAGAACCCUAUCUGAUUACUAUACACCACGCAGCAUAGUAUUGUUACUAAUAUAACGUGUGUCGUGGAAAUUCUUACACAGGGACACUCAAAGUCAGUCUUAAAUGAAUCAUUGUGAACGUCUGUCAGGAGCUCUAAUGGGGCAGUCCCGUUCAGUUCUCUUAUAUACUGCAGACAAGUCAUAUUUUCAUGAUUUAGCUUAUUCAUCAUUAAUUAAUUGAUCAUUAACGUUUGCUUCGUUCAUGUGGCCGACCAAUACUGGGUCAUGUAUGUGACAGACCAAUACCUCACGAGGCUUCUUCUCUAAGCUGAGACCUUGAAAACUGCGAUAUCAAAACAAGGGUCUGGGCGUACUGCCAAAUUGCAGAUGCUGAUAGUGAGGGUUAGUUCAAUCAGUCACUUGCAUGAACACAGAAAUUGGUAAAUAGAAAAGCACAAACAUAGAACACAGAAAUUGGUAAAUAGAAAAGCACAAACAUAGAACACAGAAAUUGGUAAAUAGAAAAGCACAAACAUAGAACAUAGAAAUUGGUAAAUAGAAAAGCACAAACAUAACACAGAAAUUGGUAAAUAGAAAAGCACAAACAUAGAACAUAGAAAUUGGUAAAUAGAAAAGCACAAACAUAGAACAUAGAAAUUGGUAAAUAGAAAAGCACAAACAUAGAACAUAGAAAUUGGUAAAUAGAAAAGCACAAACAUAGAACAUAGAAAUUGGUAAAUAGAAAAGCACAAACAUAGAACAUAGAAAUUGGUAAAUAGAAAAGCACAAACAUAGAACAUAGAAAUUGGUAAAUAGAAAAGCACAAACAUAGAACAUAGAAAUUGGUAAAUAGAAAAGCACAAACAGAACACAGAAAUUGGUAAAUAGAAAAGCACAAACAUAGAACACAGAAAUUGGUAAAUAGAAAAGCACAAACAUAGAACAUAGAAAUUGGUAAAUAGAAAAGCACAAACAGAACACAGAAAUUGGUAAAUAGAAAAGCACAAACAUAGAACACAGAAAUUGGUAAAUAGAAAAGCACAAACAUAGAAAUUGGUAAAUAGAAAAGCACAAACAUAGAAAUUGGUAAAUAGAAAAGCACCAACAUAAUGUUCCAUCACAGGUGUUACUAUUGUAUAAGUUAUACUCGUAUGUAAAGCACAUUAACGUUGAAAGUAUGAGAGCUGUGACGUCUACCUGGAAUGUUUCCAUUACUCAAAACAUUUUGUGAUUUGUCUCCAUCACAUGGAAAAUUAGAUACGCUCAGUGGCCAGUUUAUGAGGUACACCGGGUUGGUGUACCGGGUAGGACCCCCUUUGCCUUCAGAACAGCCUGAAUGAUUCAGGGCAUGGAAACGAUGCUCAAUUGGUAUCAAGGAACCUAACGUGUGCCAGGAAAACAUUCCCCACACCAUUACACCACCGCCACCAGCCUGUACAGUUGACACCAGGCAGGAUGGGGCCAUGGACUCAUGCUGCUUAUGCCAGAUCCUGACUCUGCCAUCAGCAUGACGCAACAGGAACCAGGAUUCGUCGAAUCAGGCAAUAUUUUAACACUCCUCAUUUGUCCAGUGUUGGUGAUGGCGUGCCCAGUGGAGCCGCUUCUUCUUGUUUUUAGCUGAUAGGAGUGGAACCCGGUGUGGUCGUCUGCUGCAAUAGCCCAUCCGUGACAGGGAUCAACGAGUUGUGCGUUCCGAGAUGCCGUUCUGCGCCGUUAUUUGUCUGUUUGUGGCCCACCUGUUAGCUUGCACGAUUCUUGCCAUUCUCCUUCAACCUCUCACCAACGAGCUGUUUUUGCCCACAGGACUGCUGCUGACUGGAUGUUUUUUGUUUGUCGCACCAUUCUCUGUAAACUCUAGACACUGUCGUGCGUGAAAAGCCCAGGAGGCCGGCUGUUUCUGAGAUACUGGAACCGACGCACAAGGCACCAAUGAUCAUACCACGCUCAAAGUCACUUAGGUCACUCGUUUUGCCCAUUCUAACGUUCAAUAGAACAGUAACUGAAUGCCUCGAUGCCUGUCUGCUUGAUAUAGCAAGCCCACGGGCCGAACCAAUUUCUCUCUCUCCCUCUCCUCUCUCUCUCCUCUCCGCGUCGCUCCUCCCCCCCCUCUCUCUCUCUCUCCUCCCCCCCCCCCCCUCUCUCUCUCUCCGCCCCCCCCCCCCUCUCCUCUCUCCCCCCUCAUCUCCUCCUCCUCUCCUCUCUCUCUCUCUCUCUCGUCUCUCUCUCUCCCUCUCCCCAGGUAAUGAUAUCAUGUGACAUUGCCCCUCCUCUUCCCCCCCCCCUCGCUCGCUCCUCCUCCCUCUCCUCUCCUCCUCUUCCUCUCCUCUCUCCCCCUCUCAUCUCUCCCCCUCUCAGCUCUCUCCUCCUCUCCCCCCUCUCCUCUCCCCCUCUCCCCCCCUUCCUCCCCUUCCUCCCCCUCCUCCUCUCCCUCUCUCCCUCUCUCUCCCCGGUAUGGAUCUCUGUUGACAUUGCCCUCCUCUAGAUCCCCCGGCUCCCCCCCCCCCCUCUCUCCCCUCUUCCCAGGUAGAUAUCAGUGUGACAUGCCCUCUCUCCCCCUCGCUUCGCCUCUCUCCAUUCUCCCAGGUAUGAUAUCAUGUGACAUUGCCCUUCCUCUCCCCCUCGCUCUCCCCUCCCCCCCCCCCCUCCCCCCUUCUCCCUCUCUCUCUCUCCCUCUCCCAGGUAUGAUAUCAGUGUGACAUUGCCCUCCUCUCCCCCCUCUCUCUCUCUCUCUCUCUCUCUCUCUCUCUCUCUCCCCUCUCCCCAGGUAUGAAUACAGUUUAACGUUGUCCUCCUCUCUGCCCUGAGAAUGUAUGAGGUGAUGCAAGGAGACACUACCACCCUGUCCUGGAGGCUACCCAGCCCCGGCCACAACAAUGGCCCACAACAAAGCCCCUUCAGCGAGGAGGGAGGGCCCACCAAGAUCCUCAAAGUCUGUUUCUCCACCAACAACACCCUGGGGAAGAACUUCAAGCUGGUCAAGUGUGACAGCUCCUGGCAGAUCAGGGUGAGGGAUUGUCUAGAUACUGUGACUGCGUACUUAGUUAUUUAGUUGUAACAUUGUAAGAAUACACUACUUUAAACCAACUAUAUAGCUUUGCAGACUAGCCCCCCAAAUUCUAGCUGUGACUGACUCCAUACUGGUCUCCUCCAGGCUAUAGUGCAGUCUAUCCUGACCAGUGGUAGGCUGGGCCCUAACAUCCUGUAUAAAGGCUGCUAUGGCCUGCUGCUGAAGCACCUCAAGUCAGACGAGCUUCACUGGCUCCAUCCAGACCUGACCGUGGGGGAGGUGGAGCAACGCUAUGAGAGUCACCACGUGGAGGCAGAGUGGAGGUGAGAGGAGGGGUGGAGGAGGUGGGGGUGAGAGGAGGGUGGAGGAGUGGGUGGAGGAGGGGAGGUGGGGGUGAGAGGAGGGUGGAGGUGGGGGUGAGGAGGAGGAGGUGGGUGUCAGUGGAGGAGUAGAGGAGGUGGGGGUUAGAGGAGGGUGGAGGAGUGGUGGGGGUGAGAGGAAGGUGCAGGAGUGGUGGGGGUGAGAUGAGUGGUGGAGGUAGGGGUUAGAGGAGGGGUGGAGGAGGUGGGGGUGAGGAGGGUGGAGGAGGUAGGGGUGAGAGGAGGGUGGGGGUGAGGAGGGUGAAGGAGGUAGGGGUGAGAGGAGGGUGGAGGAGGUGGGAGUGGAGGAGGUGGGGGUGAGAGGAGGGUGGAGGAGAGGAGGGUGAGAGAAAGUAAUGCACAUGAUGGAUAAUAUACGGAGCCAUUUGAGACGCAGCCCAGGUUGAGCGAGAGGAAGUAGUCAGGAACAAUCAGUGGCGGCUCCUGAAAAAAUUCUCAGGAGGGGCAAUUUUUCUGAUGAUUUAGGUGACCUACACACAUUUUAAAAAAGAUAUGUCCAGCAACAACAUGAAGACAGGGGCAGCAUAUAAGUCAAUACCAGAAGCAUUUAUUGACUGAUCUGGGGAGAUGGAUUCCAGUUUCUGUGACAGAUUAUAAAUAAUCUCUGAUGCCUUUGUUAUAUUAGCUUUUGGUUGAAUGUACUGUCGUAGUAAAUAUAUAAUGUUAUAGCUUGGUCUGACUAAAAUCUUGUGCAUGACCCAUUUUGUGUUGGGACGUUUGUUUUCAAUCAAUGCUGUUCCUAUCCUAUAACAAUGGACAAAAGAGUCCUAUCUUGUCAGCCUUGUCAGCAGGUGGCCAAGGACAACACCCACGCCAUAGGUCUCUCAGUUCUUCCAACUCACGAGUUCUUGCUCUGAGGACACACACACACACACACACACACAUCAUCACUGAUAACACACACACACACACACAUCAUCACUGUUAAACACACACACACACACACACACACACACACAAAAAUCCCCUCUCUUUAGGCUGAACAUUUGAAGACAGAGAACCCGACUCAGAGCCAAUGCAACAGUGGAGGGGACCUCGCCCAACUCAUCAGGACCAAUCAGAAGAUCAGAACUACUAGAUUCAACCUACAUCAUUUAUUGUAUAAAAUGUCUGCACACAAUGUUUUCGGGGCUCUCUUCUCCCUAAGAGUUUGACGAACGAGUCCGUGCACGCGAUUCCAGAUAUCUUUACCUCUGAAUAAACUGCCUUUAUUAUACCAUAUCCACCCUGUCCAAAGUCUCUACUUGGUCUCAGUUCUCCAGUAAACUUGUGAUUAUCAACAGUACACAACGGUAACAAACAAUUGGGGGAACUCACGGGGCAGAUAGUAAGGUCGCAAUGACACAGAAAGCAGUUCAAUGUCGGGGUACAGAGUCGCUCUCUUACCAGGAUCGCGGUCCGCUCUGACCAGGGUGAAGCCGGCCGGCUCCACUUCUCUGUCCGGGACUCUGUCAUCCAGCCAAGUCUCCCAGCUGUAUUGGGAUUCCGCUGCCAGCAGCGUUUUCAUUAUUUAGUCCGUUCGUAGCGGGUAUGUACACGAUCAACAAGAUCAGUCCAAAACCAACCACUGGAAAUCCAUGGUUGGCAGAAUGUUUGUAAACUAAGUCUACAAAUUAAAAACAUAAAAUAACGCCACACUGCAGGUCGCAACAGAGACGCUGCUAGCCGCUAUUGUCUUAGUUACGUUCAUGGUUACGUCACGUAUGACGAAAGCGCGUAAGUGCAAGCCCACAGACACCCAUAGAGAAUGUAUUGAAAGCUUUGAAAUUUGAAAAAAAUAGAUUUUACAUGACAGGCUAUGAGAGACUUCUGGGCGAUUUUCAACUUGACUGAAAUCGCCCCAAAAACGGGCGGGGCCAUUUGAAGCACGACUUUAGCCUGAUUUGACAUUUAGUGGCUGGCAGAUCAGACGUGAACACUGAUAACUACUGUUGCCGUGAUAUAAUUGAUUAGGAAAAAAAUCCCUUCCUUUUCCCGUUUGGCAGUGCAUCGCCCAUAUCGCCCUAUUGAACAGGCCGUCCCUGGGAACAAUGAUAAUUGUAUUGACGAAUACGGUUCAGUUGAAGACUCCUACUCUAAAGCAGUGGUAUGGUCAUCUCUCCCCAGGUAUGACCUGAGAGUCCGCUACAUUCCAGUCAACUUCCUGGAAAAGUUUAAAGAAGACAAAACCACACUGCUGUAUUUCUAUCAACAGGUACGGUAGGCAGCAAGCACUACCCUGACUAUGGAGAGAACACAUUAAUACCCUGACUAUGUAGAGAACACAUUAAUACUCUGACUAUGUAGAGAACACAUUAAUACCCUGACUAUGUAGAGAACACAUUAAUACUCUAUGUAGAGAACACAUUCAUACUGACUAUGUAGAGAACACAUUAAUACUGACUAUGUAGAGAACACAUUAAUACUCUAUGUAGAGAACACAUUCAUACUGACUAUGUAGUGAACACAUUACUACUCUGACUAUGUAGAGAACACAUUAAUACUCUGACUAUGUAGAGAACACAUUAAUACUCUGACUAUGUAGAGAACACAUUAAUACUCUGACUAUGUAGAGAACACAUUAAUACUCUGACUAGUAGAGAACACAUUAAUACUCUGACUAUGUAGAGAACACAUUAAUACUCUGACUAUGUAGAGAACACAUUAAUACUCUGACUAUGUAGAGAACACAUUACUACUCUAUGUAGAGAACACAUUAAUACUCUGACUAUGGAGAGAACACAUUCAUACUGACUAUGUAGAGAACACAUUAAUACUCUGACUAUGUAGAGAACACAUUAAUACUCUAUGUAGAGAACACAUUCAUACUCUAUGGAGAGAACACAUUAAUACUCUAUGUAGAGAACACAUUAAUAAUCUGACUAUGUAGAGAACACAUUAAUACUCUGACUAUGUAGAGAACACAUUAAUACUCUAUGUAGAGAACACAUUAAUACCCUGACUAUGUAGAGAACACAUUAAUACUCUGACUAUGUAGAGAACACAUUAAUACUCUGACUAUGUAGAGAACACAUUAAUACUCUGACUAUGUAGAGAACACAUUACUACUCUAUGUAGAGAACACAUUAAUACUCUGACUAUGGAGAGAACACAUUCAUACUGACUAUGUAGAGAACACAUUCAUACUGACUAUGUAGAGAACACAUUAAUACUCUGACUAUGUAGAGAACACAUUAAUACUCUAUGUAGAGAACACAUUCAUACUCUAUGGAGAGAACACAUUAAUACCCUGACUAUGUAGAGAACACAUUAAUACUCUGACUAUGUAGAGAACACAUUAAUACCCUGACUAUGUAGAGAACACAUUAAUACUCUAUGUAGAGAACACAUUCAUACUGACUAUGUAGAGAACACAUUAAUACUCUGACUAUGUAGAGAACACAUUAAUACUCUAUGUAGAGAACACAUUAUACUCUAUGUAGAGAACACAUUAUACCUGACUAUGUAGAGAACACAUUAAUACUCUGACUAUGUAGAGAACACAUUAAUACUCUGACUAUGUAGAGAACACAUUAACUCUACUAUGUAGAGAACACAUUAAUACCUGACUAUGUAGAGAACACAUUAUACUCUGACUAUGAGAGAACACAUUACUACUCUGACUAUGUAGAGAACACAUUAAUACUCUAUGUAGAGAACACAUUAAUACUCUGACUAUGUAGAGAACACAUUAAUACUCUGACUAUGGAGAGAACACAUUCAUACUGACUAUGUAGAGAACACAUUCAUACUGACUAUGUAGAGAACACAUUAAUACUCUAUGUAGAGAACACAUUAAUACCUGACUAUGUAGAGAACACAUUACUAACUCUGACUAUGUAGAGAACACAUUAACUACUACUGACUAUGUAAGAACACAUUACAUACUCUAUGUAGAGAACACAUUAAUACUCUGACUAUGUAGAGAACACAUUAAUACUCUGACUAUUAGAGAACACAUUAAUACCUGACUAUGUAGAGAACACAUUAAUACUCUAUGUAGAGAACACAUUAAUACUCUGACUAUGUAGAGAACACAUUAUACUCUGACUAUGUAGAGAACACAUUAUACCUGACUAUGUAGAGAACACAUUAAUACUCUUGAAAAACAUUAACUGACUUGUAGAGAACACAUUAUACUCUACUAUGUAGAGAACACAUUCAUACUCUAUGAGAGAAACACAUUAAUACCCUGACUAUGUAGAGAACACAUUAAUACUCGACUAUGUAGAGAACACAUUAUACCUGACUAUGUAGAGAACACAUUAAUACUCUAUGUAGAGAACACAUUCAUACUGACUAUGUAGAGAACACAUUAAUACUGACUAUGUAGAGAACACAUUAAUACUGACUAUGUAGAGAACACAUUAUACUCUGACUAUGUAGAGAACACAUUAUAUCUCUAUGUAGAGAACACAUUAAUACUCUUGAGAACACAUUAUGCUAGAGAACACAUUACUACUCUGACUAUGUAGAGAACACAUUAAUACCUGACUAUGUAGAGAACACAUUAAUACUCUGAUAUGAGAGAACACAUUAAUACUCUGACUAUGUAGAGAACACAUUAAUACUGACUAUGUAGAGAACACAUUAAUACUCUACUAUGAGAACACAUUACUACUCUGACUAUGUAGAGAACACAUUACUACUACUAUGUAGAGAACACAUUAAUACCUCAUGUAGAGAAACACAUUACUAUCUGACUAUGGAGAGAACACAUUACUACUCUGACUAUGUAGAGAACACAUUACUACUCUAUGGUAGAGAACACAUUAAUACUCUAUGUAGAGAACACAUUACUACUCUGACUAUGUAGAGAACACAUUAAUACUCUAUGUAGAGAACACAUUCAUACUGACUAUGUAGAGAACACAUUAAUACUCUGACUAUGUAGAGAACACAUUAAUACUGACUAUGUAGAGAACACAUUAAUACUCUGACUAUGUAGAGAACACAUUACUACUCUGACUAUGGAGAGAACACAUUACUACUCUGACUAUGUAGAGAACACAUUACUACUCUAUGUAGAGAACACAUUAAUACUCUAUGUAGAGAACACAUUACUACUCUGACUAUGUAGAGAACACAUUAAUACUCUAUGUAGAGAACACAUUCAUACUGACUAUGUAGAGAACACAUUAAUACUCCCUGACUAUGUAGAGAACACAUUAAUACUGACUAUGUAGAGAACACAUUAAUACUCUGACUAUGUAGAGAACACAUUACUACUCUGACUAUGGAGAGAACACAUUACUACUCUGACUAUGUAGAGAACACAUUAAUACUCUAUGUAGAGAACACAUUAAUACUCUGACUAUGUAGAGAACACAUUACUACUCUGACUAUGUAGAGAACACAUUAAUACUCUAUGUAGAGAACACAUUCAUACUGACUAUGUAGAGAACACAUUAAUACUCUGACUAUGUAGAGAACACAUUAAUACUCUAUGUAGAGAACACAUUAAUACUCUAUGUAGAGAACACAUUCAUAUUGACUAUGUAGAGAACACAUUAAUACUCUAUGUAGAGAACACAUUAAUACUCUGACUAUGUAGAGAACACAUUACUACUCUGACUAUGUAGAGAACACAUUAAUACUCUAUGUAGAGAACACAUUCAUACUGACUAUGUAGAGAACACAUUCAUACUGACUAUGUAGAGAACACAUUAAUACUCUGACUAUGUAGAGAACACAUUAAUACUCUAUGUAGAGAACACAUUAAUACUUGUAGAGAACACAUUAUACUCUGAAUGUAGAGAACACAUUAUACUCUGACUAUGUAGAGAACACAUUAAUACUCUAUGUGAGAACACAUUAAUACUCUGACUAUGUAGACAGAACACAUUACAUCUACUAGUAGAGAACACAUUAAUACUCUAUGUAGAGAACACAUUAAUACUCUGACUAUGUAGAGAGAACACAUUAAUACUGACUAUGUAGAGAACACAUUCAUACUGACUAUGUAGAGAACACAUUAAUACUCUGACUAUGUAGAGAACACAUUAAUACUCUGACUAUGUAGAGAACACAUUAAUACUCUAUGUAGAGAACACAUUAAUACUCUGACUAUGUAGAGAACACAUUCAUACUGACUAUGUAGAGAACACAUUCAUACUGACUAUGUAGAGAACACAUUAAUACCCUGACUAUGUAGAGAACACAUUAAUACUCUGACUAUGUAGAGAACACAUUAAUACCCUGACUAUGUAGAGAACACAUUAAUACUCUAUGUAGAGAACACAUUCAUACUGACUAUGUAGAGAACACAUUAAUACUGACUAUGUAGAGAACACAUUAAUACUCUAUGUAGAGAACACAUUACUACUCUGACUAUGUAGAGAACACAUUACUACUCUGACUAUGUAGAGAACACAUUACUACUCUGACUAUGUAGAGAACACAUUAAUACUCUGACUAUGUAGAGAACACAUUAAUACUCUGACUAUGGAGAGAACACAUUAAUACUCUGACUAUGGAGAGAACACAUUAAUACUCUGACUAUGUAGAGAACACAUUAAUACUCUGACUAUGUAGAGAACACAUUAAUACUCUGACUAUGUAGAGAACACAUUAAUACUCUGACUAUGUAGAGAACACAUUAAUACUCUGACUAUGUAGAGAACACAUUAAUACUCUGACUAUGUAGAGAACACAUUAAUACUCUAUGUAGAGAACACAUUAAUACUCUGACUAUGUAGAGAACACAUUACUACUCUGACUAUGUAGAGAACACAUUAAUACUCUAUGUAGAGAACACAUUCAUACUGACUAUGUAGAGAACACAUUAAUACUCUGACUAUGUAGAGAACACAUUAAUACUGACUAUGUAGAGAACACAUUAAUACUCUGACUAUGUAGAGAACACAUUACUACUCUGACUAUGUAGAGAACACAUUAAUACUCUAUGUAGAGAACACAUUCAUACUGACUAUGUAGAGAACACAUUAAUAAUCUAACUAUGUAGAGAACACAUUAAUACUGACUAUGUAGAGAACACAUUAAUACUCUGACUAUGUAGAGAACACAUUAAUACUCUAUGUAGAGAACACAUUAAUACUCUAUGUAGAGAACACAUUCAUACUGACUAUGUAGAGAACACAUUAAUACUCUGACUAUGUAGAGAACACAUUAAUACUCUAUGUAGAGAACACAUUAAUACUGACUAUGUAGAGAACACAUUCAUACUCUGACUAUGUAGAGAACACAUUAAUACUCUGACUAUGUAGAGAACACAUUAAUACUCUAUGUAGAGAACACAUUAAUAAUCUGACUAUGUAGAGAACACAUUAAUACUCUAUGUAGAGAACACAUUAAUACUCUAUGUAGAGAACACAUUAAUACUAUAUGUAGAGAACACAUUAAUACUCUGACUAUGUAGAGAACACAUUCAUACUCUGACUAUGUAGAGAACACAUUAAUACUCUAUGUAGAGAACACAUUAAUACUCCAUGUAGAGAACACAUUAAUACUCUAUGUAGAGAACACAUUAAUACUCUAUGUAGAGAACACAUUAAUAAUCUAUGUAGAGAACACAUUAAUACUGACUAUGUAGAGAACACAUUAAUACUCUAUGUAGAGAACACAUUAAUACUCUAUGUAGAGAACACAUUAAUACUCUGACUAUGUAGAGAACACAUUAAUACUAUAUGUAGAGAACACAUUAAUACUCAGACUAUGUAGAGAACACAUUAAUACUAUAUGUAGAGAACACAUUAAUACUCUAUAUAGAGAACACAUUAUUACUCUAUGUAGAGAACACAUUAAUACUCUGACUAUGUAGAGAACACAUUAAUACUUUAUGUAGAGAACACAUUAAUACUCUGACUAUGGAGAGAACACAUUAAUACUUUCCAGAACUUCAUCAUCUAAAGAUAACUCACUGAUGUCUUGGCCUUGUGUGGAUACUGUAGAUGCAUUGUGACUACAGACAGAUUUAAUGUGUUCUCUCGGUAUUGCCUGUGUUAGGUGCGUAGUGACUACAUGCAGUAUCAUGCCAGUAAAGUCAGUGACGGGAUGGCCCUGCAGCUGGGCUGUCUGGAGAUUAGGUGAGGUUGGGCUUUCCUUUGAUAUUGUAUUGUCAAUGUGUAGACAUCAUCAACAUCACAGUGGGUUUGUCCAUAGAGCUUCAUUAUUGUCUCUCUGCUUCACCUUCAGGAGGUUUUAUAAAGACAUGAACGCUAAAGGUCUGGAGAAAAAGUCCAACUUUGAAUUGCUAGAGUAAGUAUGUACAUUUGACAUGUUUUUUUCUACUAACCUUCAGUUCUAUGACUUUUCUAUCACAUUGGAUUGAUUGUUUUGAUUGAUUAUAACUGGUCUAUCUAAUGAAGGAAGGACGUGGGGCUGAACCUGUUCUUCCCACAGGAGCUCAUUGACAGCAUGAAGGUACAUUUAUACAUUUUGAUAUCCACACGAUCGUUAAAAACAUUAUUGGAAGUUUCUACUAACAUAAAUUGAGUUGUCAAUGAGCCGACUUCACUAUUAUAUCAACAAGGAUCAUUUCUGAUCAUUUCUAUGCUAGCAGCGUUGUUUACCACGUGACGUCAUAGUAAAAUAGGGUUAUGAAAGUGUUGUCCAAUGUUGCCGUGGUCUGUCCCAGUCUCGUCCCCUUCGGAAGCUGAUCCAGCAGACGUUCCAGCAGUAUGCUGCACUGAAGGAGGAGGAGUGCGUGGUUCGCUUCUUCCAGACACUCACAGACUUCCUCAGCAUUGGCGAAGAGGUCUACCCUUGUGAACUGGUGGUGAGUGUUGCCGCUGGCUUUACAGACAACAAGGAUACACUGGAAACACCUGACCCUCAAAUGCACUGCCAAAUACCGGACCCUCAAAUGCACUGCCAAAUACCUGACCCUCAAAUGCACUGCCAAAUACCCAAGUGUGGACCUUCCUCAUUCGUCCAUAACUGCUGACUUUUCUAUCCCAGCACUACAAUAAUCUACAAUUAGACGUGCGCUGGGUUUUCCUUUUUUCUCGGUUCACUUGACAGACAUUGUACAAGUCUGAAAUGUAACUUAACUUGCAACCCCACUGUUUGUCCACAGCAAGGCUGGAGUCUGUCAGUAGAGCUGGUGAUUGGAGCCAGGGGCAUUCGCCAACGCACCCAGAAAGACUCAGCGGUAAGCAGGGUGUUAACUGUAUACAGUGCAUUCUGAACGUAUUCAGACCCGUUGACUUUUUCCACAUUUUGUUACGUUACAGCCUUAUUCCUCAUCAAUCUACAUACAAUACCCCAUAAAUGUAUAAAAACUGAAAUAUCACAUUUACAUAAGUAUUCAGACCCUUUACUCAGUACUUUGUUGAAGCACCUUUGGCAGCGAUUACAGCCUCGAGAGUUCUUGGGUAUGACAUCAGGUUGGAUGGGGAGCGUUGCUGCAAAGCUAUUUUCAGGUCUCUCCAGAGAUGUUUGAUCGGGUUCAAGUCCGGUCUCUGGCUGGGCCACUCAAGGACAUUCAAAGCCACUCCUGUGUUGUCUUGGCUGUUUGCUUAGGGUUGUUGUCCUGUUGGAAGGUGAACCUUCGCCCCAGUCUGAGGUCCUGAGUGCUCUGGAGCAGGUUUUCAUCAAGGAGAUCUCUAUACUUUGCGCCGUUCAUCUUUGCCUCGAUCCUGACUAGACUCCCAGUCCCUGCCGCUGAAAAACAUCCCCACAGCAUGAUGCUGCCACCACCAUGCUUCGCCGUAGGGAUGGUGCCAGGUUUCCUCCAGACGUGACGCUUGGCAUUCAGGCCAAAGAGUUCAAUCUUGGUUUCAUCAGACCAGAGAAUCUUGUUUCUCAUGGUCUGAGAGUCUUUAGGUGCCUUUUGGCAAACUCCAAGCGGGCUGUCAUGUGCCUUUUACUGAGGAGUGGCUUCCGUGUGGCCAUUCUACCAUAAAGGCCUGAUUGGUGGAGUGUUGCAGAGAGGGUUGUCCUUCUGGAAGGUUCUCCCAUCUCCACAGUGGAACUCUGGAGCUCUGUCAGAGUGAUCAUCUGUUACAGGAGUGGGUCGCAGUUCCGGAGCAACCCACUAGGUGUCAUCCUCCGACAACCAUAGGCACCUCCUCACUCACAGUCGGGACUAAUUAUCUGCCUAUUGGUGUCACCUGUGGCUAUCUGAUUCACCUCUGUAUUUAUGCCCUCACUUCCCUGUGUUCCCUUGCUCAGUUUUCUCUGCUAGUUCCUUGAUGUCAAGCAGUACGUAUCAGUGUCGGAUCACGUGACGGAGUUACAGGUACUCGAGAAGUGUUCUCCCUGUGUCAUUGUGUUUUUCCAGUCAGAGUUAGUAUUUCGUAUUGUUUGCUGUCAGCCUGUUUUUUGGAGACCUUUGUGCUCCUCAUUUGUUUUCAUGUAUAGUCCGUUGUUUUGUAUCCUGGCUUUUGGACCACCAGUAAAGAUCCUUGUUUCACCAUCCUUGCCUACUGCCUACUGUCUAUCCUGCACCGCACCUGGGUCACACCUCACACCAACCCUUACAACCAUUGGGUUCUUGGUCACCUCCCUGACCAAGGCCCUUCUCCCCCGAUUGCUCAGUCUGGCCGGGCGGCCAGCUCUAGGAAGCGUCUUAGUGGUUCCAAACGUCUUCCAUUUAAGAAUGAUGGAGGCCACUGUGUUCUUUGGGACCUUCAAUGCUGCAGACAUUUUUUGGUACCCUUCCCCAGAUCUGUGCCUCGACACAAUCCUGUCUCGGAGCUCUACGGACUAUUCCUUCGACCUCAUGGCUUGGUUUCUGUUCUGACAUGCGCUGUCAACUGUGGGACCUUAUAUAGACAGGUGUGUGCCUUUCCAAAUCAUGUCCAAUCAAUUGAGUCUCAUAGCAAAGGAUCUGAUUACUAAUGUAAAUAAGGUAUUUCAGUUUUUUAUUUUUAAUAAAUGUUCUAAAAACCUGUUUUCGCUUUGUCAUUGCGGGGUAUUGUGUGUAGAUUGCUAAGGAUUUUUAAAAAAAAUCCAUUUUAGAAUAAGGCUGUAACGUAACAAAAUGUGGAAGAAGUUAAGGGGUCUGAAUUCUUUCCGAAGGCACUGUAUAUGUUGCCAUUUGGUCAUUUUCAUUGCAUUGUCAUGCAUGCUUUCUGACCGCGAUUGUUGUUCCUCUCCCAUCACAAGAUAAACAGGUUGGGUGCUGAAUCCUCCUAUAUAAUCCUCCUAUAUCACCUCCCUAUAUCACCCCCCUAUAUAAUCCUUCUAUAUCACCCCCCUAUAUAAUCCCCCUAUAUAAUCCUCCUAUAUCACCCCCCUAUAUAAUCCCCCUAUAUAAUCCCCCUAUAUAAUCCUCCUAUAUUUCCCCCUAUAUAAUCCCCCUAUAUAAUCAUUUUAUAUAAUCCCCCUAUAUAAUCCUCCUAUAUAAUCCUCCUAUAUCACCUCCCUAUAUCACCCCCCCCUAUAUAAUCCUCCUAUAUCACCCCCCUAUAUAAUCCUCCUAUAUCACCCCCUAUAUAAUCCUCCUAUAUCACCCCCCUAUAUAAUCCCCCUAUAUAAUCUUCCUAUAUCUCCUGCUAUAUCACCCCCUAUAUAAUCCUCCUAUAUCACCCCCCUAUAUAAUCCUCCUAUAUCACCCCCCCUAUAUAAUCCCCCUAUAUAAUCCCCCUAUAUAAUCUUCCUAUAUCACCCCCUAUAUAAUGCUCCUAUAUCACCCCCCCCUAUAUAAUCCUCCUAUAUAAUCCUCCUAUAUAAUCCUCUAGAAUCCUCCUCUAUAAUCCUCUAUAAUCCUCCUAUAUAAUCCUCCUAUAUAAUCAUCUAGAAUCCUCCUCUAGAAUCCUCUAGAAUCAUCCUAUAUAAUCCUCCUAUAUAAUCCUCUAGAAUCCUCCUCUAUUAUCCUCUAGAAUCCGCCUCUAUAAUCCUAUAUAAUCCUCCUAUAUAAUCCUCUAGAAUCCUCCUCUAGAAUCCUCCUAUAUAAUCCUCCUAUAUAAUCCUCUAGAAUCCUCCUCUAUAAUCCUCUAUAAUCCUCCUAUAUAAUCCUCCUCUAUAAUCCUCUAGAAUCCUCCUCUAGAAUCCUCCUCUAUAAUCCUCUAUAAUCCUCCUAUAUAAUCCUCCUAUAUAAUCCUCCUAUAUAAUCCUCCUAUAUAAUCCUAUAGAAUCAUCCUACAUAAUCCUCCUAUAUAAUCCCCUAGAAUCCUCCGCUAUAAUCCUAUAGAAUCCUCCUAUAUAAUCCUCUAUAAUCCUCCUCUAUAAUCCUCCUCUAUAAUCCUCCUCUAUAAUCCUCCUAUAUAAUCCUCCUAUAUAAUCCUCCUAUAUAAUCCUAUAGAAUCCUCCUACAUAAUCCUCCUAUAUAAUCCUCUAGAAUCCUCCGCUAUAAUCCUCUAGAAUCCUCCUCUAUAAUCCUCUAGAAUCCUCCUCUAUAAUCCUCCUAUAUAAUCCUCUAGAAUCCUCCUCUAGAAUCCUCUAGAAUCCUCCUCUAGAAUCCUCUAUAAUCCUCCUAUAUAAUCCUCUAGAAUCCUCCUAAAUAAUCCUCCUAUAGAAUCCUCCUAUAUAAUCCUCUAUAAUCCUCCUCUAUAAUCCUCCUAUAUAAUCCUCUAGAAUCCUCCUUUAGAAUCCUCCACUAUAUACCUCUAUAAUCCUCCUAUAUAAUCCUCUAGAAUCCUCCUCUAUAAUCCUCUAGAAUCCUCCUUAAUAAUAAUCCUCUAGAAUCCUCCUCUAUAAUCCUCUAGAAUCCUCCUAUAUAAUCCUCUAGAAUCCUCCUAUAUAAUCCUAUAGAAUCCUCCUAUAUAAUCCUCCUCUAGAAUCCUCCUCUAUAAUCCUCCUAUAUAAUCCUCCUAUAUAAUCCUCUAUAAUCCUCCUCUAUAAUCCUCCUAUAUAAUCCUCUAGAAUCCUCCUAUAUAAUCCGCUAGAAUCCUCCUCUAGAAUCCUCCUAUAUAAUCCUCUAGAAUCCUCCUCUAUAUAAUCCUCUAGAAUCCUCCUCUAUAAUCCUCUAGAAUCCUCCUCUAUAAUCCACUAGAAUCCUCCUCUAUAAUCCUCUAUAAUCCUCUAGAAUCCUCCUAUAUAAUCCUAUAUAAUCCUCUAGAAUCCUCCUAUAUAAUCCUCCUAUAUAAUCCUCUAGAAUCCUCCUCUAUAAUCCUCCUAUAUAAUCCUCUAUAAUCCUCUAUAAUCCUCCUCUAUAAUCCUCCUAUAUAAUCCUCUAGAAUCCUCCUAUAUAAUCCGCUAGAAUCCUCCUAUAUAAUCCUCUAGAAUCCUCCUCUAUAUAAUCCUCUAGAAUCCUCCUCUAUAAUCCUCCUCUAUAAUCCUCUAGAAUCCUCCUCUAUAAUCCUCCUACAGUGGGGAAAAAAGUAUUUAGUCAGCCACCAAUUGUGCAAGUUCUCCCACUUAAAAAGAUGAGAAAGGCCUGUAAUUUUCAUCAUAGGUACACGUCAACUAUGACAGACAAAAUGAGAAAAAAAUUCCAGAAAAUCACAUUGUAGGAUUUGUUAUGAAUUUAUUUGCAAAUUAUGGUGAAAAAUAAGUAUUUGGUCAAUAACAAAAGUUUCUCAAUACUUUGUUAUAUACCCUUUGUUGGCAAUGACACAGGUCAAACGUUUUCUGUAAGUCUUCACAAGGUUUUCACACACUGUUGCUGGUAUUUUGGCCCAUUCCUCCAUGCAGAUCUCCUCUAGAGCAGUGAUGUUUUGGGGCUGUCGCUGGGCAACACGGACUUUCAACUCCCUCCAAAGAUUUUCUAUGGGGUUGAGAUCUGGAGACUGGCUAUGCCACUCCAGGACCUUGAAAUGCUUCUUACGAAGCCACUCCUUCGUUGCCCGGGCGGUGUGUUUGGGAUCAUUGUCAUGCUGAAAGACCCAGCCACGUUUCAUCUUCAAUGCCCUUGCUGAUGGAAGGAGGUUUUCACUCAAAAUCUCACGAUACAUGGCCCCAUUCAUUCUUUCCUUUACACGGAUCAGUCGUCCUGGUCCCUUUGCAGAAAAACAGCCCCAAAGCAUGAUGUUUCCACCCCCAAGCUUCACAGUAGGUAUGGUGUUCUUUGGAUGCAACUCAGCAUUCUUUGUCCUCCAAACACGACGAGUUGAGUUUUUACCAAAAAGUUCUAUUUUGGUUUCAUCUGACCAUAUGACAUUCUCCCAAUCCUCUUCUGGAUCAUCCAAAUGCACUCUAGCAAACUUCAGACGGGCCUGGACAUGUACUGGCUUAAGCAGGGGGACACGUCUGGCACUGCAGUAUUUGAGUCCCUGGCGGCGUAGUGUGUUACUGAUGGUAGGCUUUGUUACUUUGGUCCCAGCUCUCUGCAUGUCAUUCACUAGGUCCCCCCGUGUGGUUCUGGGAUUUUUGCUCACCGUUCUUGUGAUCAUUUUGACCCCACGGAGUGAUAUCUUGCGUGGAGCCCCAGAUCGAGGGAGAUUAUCAGUGGUCUUGUAUGUCUUCCAUUUCCUAAUAAUUGCUCCCUCAGUUGAUUUCUUCAAACCAAGCUGCUUACCUAUUGCAUAUUCAGUCUUCCCAGCCUGGUGCAGGUCUACAAUUUUGUUUCUGGUGUCCUUUGACAGCUCUUUGGUCUUGGCCAUAGUGGAGUUUGGAGUGUGAUUGUUUGAGGUUGUGGACAGGUGUCUUUUAUACUGAUAACAAGUUCAAACAGGUGCCAUUAAUACAGGUAACGAGUGGAGGACAGAGGAGCCCCUUAAAGAAGAAAUUACAGGUCUGUGAGAGCCAGAAAUCUUGUUUGUUUGUAGGUGACCAAAUACUUAUUUUUCACCAUAAUUUGCAAAUAAAUUCAUUAAAAAUCCUACAAUGUGAUUUUCUGGAAAAAAAAUUCUCAAUUUGUCUGUCAUAGUUGACGUGUACCUAUGAUGAAAAUUACAGGCCUCUCAUCUUUUUAAGUGGGAGAACUUGCACAAUCGGUGGCUGACUAAAUACUUCCCCCCCCCCCACUGUAUGUAUGUAUGUAUGUAUGUGUGUAUAUAUAUAUAUAUAUAUAUAUAUAUAUAUAUAUAUAUAUAUAUAUAUAUAUAUAUAUAUAUAUAUAUAUAUAUACACACACACCAACACACACACAAUAAAGAUCUUAUGAUGUCAUAGCCUAAAUGUUAGCAGGGUAAUUUCAGACUACACAUUUAAAGCUUUCUACAAAAAAACAAGAAAUGGAACAUUCCUCAUUGAGGCCUGCUGCAAGGGUGUCUCUCUUUGGAGUAGUAAUGUAUCCCCAUCUCUUCCUCAUCCCCAGCCGGUGUGGGCUCCGGGGUGAAGUUUCCCCUAGGGUACCCCUCCCACAAAUCCUUACCCUAACCAUUUAGUGGGGGGAAAAUGCUCAACUGACCCAAGACCGGCGUCUACUGGGCAACUUCACCCUACACCAAAGGCUUUUAAGUGUAUCGGCUAAUUGUUUUAUCUCUUACCCCCGUAGCCUGUGUGUCUAGCAAACUUCAAACAGAUCAAGAGCAUCAAGUGUUUAUCUCAGAGUGACGACAAAGCCCUCCUCAACCUGGACAUAGACGGAGCCAGACAGGUACGCAUUAAAAUAGAUCUAGAACAACUUUAUUAGCACUGCUUAAAUCGGGAACACAGUGAGGCCUGGACACACAUUAGGGAGAGAGGGGUGCUGAUCUGGGAUCAGUUAUGCCUUUAGAUCAAUAAUGAAUCCAGUUAUUUGGACAGGCGGAAACCGAUCUCAGAUCAGCACUCCUACUCUGAGACACUUUGUGAAUUCGGGCCCUGAAUCCUAACUUGAGAUCUGUGUGUGUGUGUAUUUUUUAUUUUUUAUCAUGCAACAUUUUUGUUGACGUGUUCGUUGAGUUAAAUGCCUGCAUCUUAAGUAAAUAUUUCGCCCUGAAAGCCUAUGACCCCUAUGACAUUAUAAUGUUAUAAAGUGAUUGUAAUUGUCAGUAAUUGUCAGUAAUGUGAAUCGUUUGUAUCUUCUUGGUCAGCCUCUGUCUAUCAACGUGACUAAGUUUGCGAUGGCAGAGAACAUGGUGGACCUUAUUGACGGUUACUGUCGCUUGGAGCACGCCACUGACAAGUCGUUCAUCGUCAUCAGACCAAAUAAAGGUAAGGGGGAUCAGGAAGUCCGCCCUGUGUAUAUAAUGGUAAGGGGAAACACAGAAGGGGAUACACUGAAAGAGUGCAUCACAGUGGUCUAACUUGAUUACCUCAUCUCUCGUAAGUCUAUUGAACCAAUGUGAAGUAACACCAUGUUUCUGCCAUGACCCAUAGACGCCAAUCUACGAAGUUCCCUUCCAGACCUACCCACAAAGUGAGUGGAUUGAACAAGGCUUAAUAUUUGGGCUUUUGUGUCAUUCCUAUAACAAGUCACUAUGCUGAAACUGAACUGUACAUAUUCAAGAGUACUUGUUGGAACAUUGGAUAUAAGAUCAAGUGAAAAGUGAUGCUGUCAGAUAGAUUUUUCCAAAGAGACAGGUAGUGUUAUUGUAACAGUGUGCCUGGUGCAUUGAGGAACUAUAAACCCAGGGUUUGAUGAUCCUCUCCUCUCCUCCUCUGGCUGUCUCUCCUCCCACUCUGUAGUCAAACGGUAAACACAGACAGCAUCAGAAAUAGCAUGGGUGAGUUAUUAUCUACCAAGACUGCUUUCAUCUUUUGUUUGACAAAUAUCAUGGUUAAUUUCUCAUUAUUAAUCAUUGUUCAAAUCAGUGCAGUGGCUGUGUUGAAUUAUUUGAAACUAGUACUGUAGGGGGGGGGGCUAUGUUGACCCAUCUGUUUUGACCACAAAACUGAUAUCAUCAAAUAUCCAAUCGUUCAGGAUCUGAAAUCUACGCUGAGAUUGAUGAACGACCGAGGUCUGGUAAGUAGAAGUUCUCCUUUAUCAAACUGGAAGACAUUUUAUAGUUGUUGAUAUGAGGAGAUUGAUGUAGACUUUUCAUAUCAAAUCGUAUUGGUCACAUACACAUAUUUAGCAGAUGUUAUUGCGGGUCUAGCAAAAUGCUUGUGUUCCUAGCUCCAACAGUGCAGUAGUAUCUGAUAGUUCGCAACAAUACAGACAAAUCUAAAAGUAAAAGAAUGGAAUUAAUAAAUAUAUAAAUAUUAGGAUGAGCAAUGUCAGAAUGGCAUUGACUAAAUACAGUAAAACACAGUAAUCAAAUAAAAUCUAAUGUUAUUGGUCACAUACAAAUAUUUAGCAGAUGUUAUUGCAGGUGUAGUGAAAUGCUUGUGUUUCUAGCUCCGACAGUGCAGUAAUAUCUAACAAGUAAUAUCUAACAAUUUCACAACAUAUACCCAAUACACACAAAUCUAAGUAAGGAAUUAAUUAAGAAUAUAUACAUAUAUGGACAAGCAAUGACAGAGCAGCAUAGACUAAGAUACAGUAGAAUAGUAUAGAAUACAGCAUAUACAUAUGAGAUGAGUAAUACAAGAUAUGUAAACAUUAUUAAAGUGACCAGUGAUUCCAUGUCUAUGUACAUAGGGCAGCAGCCUCUAAGGUGCAGAGUUGAGUAACCGGGUGGUAGCCGGCUAGUGAUGUCUAUUUAAAAGUCUGCUGGCCUUGAGAUAGAAGCUGUUUUUAAGUCUCAGGUCCCAGCUUUUAUGUACCUCUACUGACCUCGCCUUCUGAAUGAUAGCUGGGUGAACAAGCAGUGGCUUGGGUGGUUGAUGUCCUUGAUCAUCUUUUUGGACUUCCUGUGACAUUGGGUGCUGUAGUCUGCUGGCCUGGAGGGCAGGCAGUGUGGCCCUGGUGAUGCCUUGGGCAGGCCGCACCACCCUCUUGAGAGCCCUGCGGUUGCGGGCGGUGCAGUUUCCGUACCAGGUCGUGAGACAGCCCGACAGGAUGCUUUCAAUUGUGCAUCUGUAAAAGUUUGUGAGGGGCCAAGCCAAACUUCUUCAGCCUCCUGAGGUUGAAGAGGUGGUGUUGCACCUUCUUCACCACACUGUCUGCUUGGGUGGACCAUUUCAGAUGAUCAGUGAUGUGUACGCCAAGGAACUUGAAGCUUUCCACCUUCUCCACUGCGGUCCCGUCGAUGUGGAUAGGGGCUUGCUCCCUCUGCUGUUUCCUGAAGUCCACGAUCAGCUCCUUUGUUUUGUUGACGUUGAGGAAGAGGUUAUUUUCCUGGCACCACUCCGCCAGGGCCAUCACCACCUCCCUGUUGGCUGUCUCGUCAUUGUUGGUGAUCAGGCCUACCACUGUUCUGUCGUCUGCAAACUUGAUGAUUGAGUUGGAGGCGUGCGUGACCACGCAGUCAUGGGUGAACAGGGAGUACAGGAUGGGGCUGAGCACGCACCCUUGUGGGACCCCUGUGUUGAGGAUCAGCGUAGUGGAGGUGUUGUUUGCUACCUUCACCACCUGGGGGCGGCCCGUCAGGAAGUCCAGGACCCAGUUGCACAGGACGCGGUUCAGACCCAGGGCCCCGAGCUUAAUGAUGAGCUUGGAGGGCACUAUGGUGUUGAACGCUGAAUAGACCUUAGCACGGGUACUUCAUGUUUGAGUUUCUGCCUAUAGGAAGGGAGGAGCCAGGAUGGAGUCGUGAUCUGAUUUGUCGAAGGGAGGGCAUGGGAGGGCGUUGUAGCAAUGGUCGAGAGUUUUUGAUGCGCAUGUACUACAGGCAAUGUGUUGAUAGAACUUCGGUAGUGUUUUCUUUAAAUUUGCCUUCUGUGUUCUAUGUUCUAUGAUCUACUGUAUGUUCUAUGUUCUAUGAUCUACUGUAUGUUCUAUGUUCUAUGAUCUACUGUAUGUUCUAAGUUGUUGUAUACUUGGUUUCAGUGGUGAAGUAUGGAAUCGACAGAGAAGACAUUGUUCUGGGCCGGAUACUUGGCGAGGGUUUUUUCGGGGAGGUCUAUGAAGGAAUGUACAAGAAAUCGGCAAGUCUAUCUCCCGACACCCUACUCACACAGUCAAUUCUAACACCUCAAAUGUGCCUAACUAAACACAAUAUUGAUCUCACUGUUUGUGUGUGUGUGUGUGUGACUGGUCUCUGUGUGUGUGUGUGUGUGUGUGUGUGUGUGUGUGACUGGUCUCUGUGUGUGUGUGUGUGUGUGUGUGUGUGUGUGACUGGUCUCUGUGUGUGUGUGUUUGUGUGUGUUUGUGUGUGUGACUGGUCUCUGUUUGUGUGUGUGUGUUUGUGUGUGUGUGUGUGACUGGUCUCUCUGUGUGUGUGUGUGUGUGUGUGUGUGUGUGUGUGUGUGUGUGUGUGUGUGUGUGACUGGUCUCUGUGUUUGUGAACCAGAAUGGGAAGAGACUAAGCGUGGCGGUGAAGACAUGUAAAGACUGUUCACCUGACGUCAUGGAGAAGUUCAUGAGUGAAGCAGGUACAGAGCAAAUACUGAUCACACUUCACCAACUCACUGGCCUUGUGGUUAGUGUCCACCCUGAGAUUGAAAAGUUGGGAUCCCCCAGCCAAGUCAUACCCAAAGACCUGUAUUUUAAUCAGCUGUGUAGUGCUAGGGCAAAAAACAAAACGUGUGGGCGGGUAUAGUAUAUCCACUUAUUUUUUCAGUGGGCAUUGCGUAAACUCACUUCUUAAUCUCAACGAUGCGUAUCAAAGUAGUGUAGUGGAGGUAUACACUGUAUCAAUUAAAAAGGCUGAUGGAACAGAUCAGACUGUUUAGCUUUAGAAUGUUGAUGAACUAUUAUAUCUAUAUAUUAUAUUAACUAUAUAUCUAUUAUAUCUUCACAUUUUAGAAGCAGCAUUGUGUGCAUGGCGGUAGGCCUACGUGCGAUUUGCGUAAAACGGGUAAAACACUGUUCUAAAAUGCGCACCGCACAUGCGAGUGGUUUCUCUUUAGGAAGAGGGGAGAUCUAAAGAUGCAAUAUGCUAAUAUGACUAGGAUAAUCCCUGCCUGUGCCAUUAAACCCCUACAACUCAUCCAGAACGCUGCAGCCCGUCUGGUGUUCAACCUUCCCAAGUUCUCUCACGUCACCCCGCUCCUCCGCACACUCCACUGGCUUCCAGUUGAAGCUCGCAUCUGCUACAAGACCAUGGCGCUUGCCUACGGAGCUGUGAGGGGAACGGCACCUCCUUACCUUCAGGCUCUGAUCAGUCCCUACACCCAAACGAGGGCAUUGCGUUCUUCCACCUCUGGCCUUCUGGUCCCCCUACCUCUGUGGAAGAACAGUUCCCGUUCAGCCCAGUCAAAACUGUUCGCUGCUCUGGCACCCCAAUGGUGGAACAAGCUCCCUCACGACGCCAGGACAGCGGAGUCACUGACCACCUUCCGGAGACACUUGAAACCCUACCUCUUUAAGGAAUACCUGGGAUAGUAUAAAAGUAAUCCUUCUAUCCCCCCCAAAAAAAAAAUAAGAAGAAGAAGAAGAAGAAUUACAAAAAAAAAAACACAUAAAAAUGUAAAAACAACAAAAAUUAAAAAACAACAACUAUAUAUACAAAACAAAGAAAAUUAAAAACAUACUCUAAAUAAAAAAUAAAAAAAAUUGAAAGAAAUUUCACAAAAAUAAAAACAAUCUAAAAAAUAUUUCUAAAACUAAAGAAAAAAAAUAUAUAAAAAAAAAAAUAACAAAAAAACACACACAAAAAAUAAUUAUAAUAAUAAUUGUAAAGUGGUUGUCCCACUGGCUAUCAUAAGGUGAAUGCACCAAUUUGUAAGUCGCUCUGGAUAAGAGCGUCUGCUAAAUGACGUAAAUGUAAAUGUAGUAAUGCCUUUGGCUGCUAGACAUUGAAAAAAGUUGAAAGAAAACCAAAACAACAGGAGAACGCAUAUGAGGAAGUCUUUAUAAAAUAAUUGCCUCCAUUUUUCUAUGGUGGGAUUUUGGCUAUAGGCUACUUUGAAGCAAGGUAAGACAUGCCUCAUUAUAUGAAGUAAAACGUCCAGGUUUCAAACAAUUAACGGACAAAUAUAGUGAUGCUAAUGAUAUACCUAACCGUCUUCUGGUAUGGAUGGAAAGGCUUUCCCAAAAACCUUCUCUAUUAAAUGUUAACUAGCUACAAAGUAGCCUAUGCCUACCUGAAAGAAUGAUAUCAUGAUUAUUAUUUAUUUGCAUAAAUCCAUUGGAAAACGCCAUCCCAUGUGCUAGGUGCCUGCCACUUGAAUUAAAGGGUAACUACACAAAAAAAAUCACAAUUUCAAAAAAGAUUCGCAGACCUCAAAAGUGGUCUCCUGAUGUGGUUUAUAUCUAAGUAACAUAAUUUUAAAAAUCCCCAUGAAAAUCAUCAGUUUAAGACAGCCGGUUGUGAUACAGCCUGGAAUCGAACCAGGGUGUCUGUAGUGACGCCUCAAGCACUGAGAUGCAGUGCCUUAGACCACUGCGCCACUCGGGAGCCCAAAAAAUCUUCUCACGACAUCACGAAAAUCUGCUCCGGGAAAACGUUUGGCCUACAAACUACUAUGGAAAGAUGAGACUCUCACGAACACGAUGGUGAAAGUGUCAAGUCAAAUCAAAUCAAAUCAAAUCAAAUCAAAUUUUAUUGGUCACAUGCGCCGAAUACAACAGGUGCAGACAUUACAGUGAAAUGCUUACUUACAGCCCUUAACCAACAGUGCAUUUAGCGGGACUAGCGGGACUAGUCUGAAGGUAACCCAUACAAAUAAAUGGAAGUAUGGUAGUUUUGUGCCAACAAAAAUAAGGGGUUAAAUAUGUGUCCAAAAAAACAAAAAUAUUUCCUGAGCUUUCUUAUGUCUCCUAGAUACAGGACAGACACUUCAAAACCUUAUUCCUCAUGAUUUACUUUUUUUAUUGUCUUUUUUUGUUAUUCAAUGUGAUUCUAUAAGCUGUGGUAGUAAAGGCCAAAUUCAAAAUUGUAUCAAAUAAUUUUUUUAUACUAUGGGAAUAUGGGAAAUGUAAAAAGGCAAAAUUAGAGUGUACCCACUUCUCCAGGCACCACUACACCACUGGUUGGCACUCAGCAUUAAGGAGAGAUUGGGGGUAAGGCCCUGCAAUAGACUAGUGUCCUGUCCAGGGGGUUGGAGAAGUGGGUACACUCUAAUUUUGCCUUUUUACAUUUCCCAUAUUCCCAUAGUAUAAAAAAAUUAUUUGAUACAAUUUUGAAUUUGGCCUUUACUACCACAGCUUAUAGAAUCACAUUGAAUAACAAAAAAAGACAAUAAAAAAAGUAAAUCAUGAGGAAUAAGGUUUUGAAGUGUAGCUCAGUUGGUAGAGCAUGGCGUUUGCAACGCCAGGGUUGUGGGUUCAUUUCCCACGGGGGACCAGUAUGAAAAAAACUAAAAACAUGCAGUUUGCACUCACGAUCUGUAAGUCGCUCUGGAUAAGAGUGUCUGCUAAAUGACUAAAAUGUAAAUGUAAAAUGUUGUAGGCUACAUCAAGCUGUCUCACUACAGCGAUAGACUAGUGUCCUGUCCAGGGGGUUGUAGGAGACAUCAAGCUGUCUCACUACAGCGAUAGACUAGUGUCCUGUCCAGGGGGUUGUAGGAGACAUCAAGCUGUCUCACUACAGUGAUAGACUAGUGUCCUGUCCAGGGGGUUGUAGGAGACAUCAAGCUGCCUCACUACAGCGAUAGACUAGUGUCCUGUCCAGGGGGUUGUAGGAGACAUCAAGCUGCCUCACUACAGCGAUAGACUAGUGUCCUGUCCAGGGGGUUGUAGGAGACAUCAAGCUGUCUCACUACAGCGAUAGACUAGUGUCCUGUCCAGGGGGUAGGCUCCGUCCUGGCUCACACAAGGCAACGCUACUUACUUUUUUUUGUACACUUCAUGAUCACUUGAAUAAGCAUCAACAGACCUGAUCUGUAGAGACAAUACAUAAGGGAUAAACGCCUCCAUUCUGUACAUUACCUUGAAAAGAAUGGACGAAGCACCUAUUUUCAUUUUUAUAAGAUUAUUCAUAUUUUGGUUGCUAUAGAUAUAGUUAUGGAUCCAUUUGUUUGUUCUGUAUGUUCCAUAGCCAUGCGCUCUGGCAAUGUUCUUGUCCCUUGCUUGUUAGGAGGCCAACUAGCUAUGGCUAACACAGUCACGACCUCUGCAGCCAGAAUAACAGCAAAGUAGCUGCAUUUGCGUUUGUUUAAGAUGUUUUUCUAUUGACAUUCAUUUGGAUACAUCCAUAACAAUGAGCUGAUAAUGCCCGAUUUUUUGCCUGGCAUAGCUACAAAAGUUGUCCUUCUCGUCAGGACACUCGACACUGUUCAUUACGAAGAGAUCGCAUUGCAUAUCAAACACUAGACUAGAAGCUAGCUAAACAGUUUGUUGCUAGCAAACCUGCCAAUAUGACAAGCGAAUUCAAAAAUACCAGUUGCUGAAAACAGCCGGUCAAACUAGAAACAUGUGGGAGGAUUUGACAGCAUAGCAUCAUGACUGCAACAUGGAAAGGACAGGAGAAAUUCAUGUUCAUCACUCACCACCUCAGGUCAUCAGAUGCUCCCCCAAAAAAAUGUCUCUGCAAAAACAAGUCAAUGCUAGCUUUUCCUUUGUUGGACCUGCGUUUACAAUGUAUCCAAUUUCAGUUUGUGUAGUUGUUGGUUUAGCUUUCUGUUACUUUGCAGCAAGUACAGUCUGCAUGUGUAGGCGCAUAUUGCGUCAUGAUUACAAGGUGUCCCGAUAUCUUUUCCAACUGUCCAGUUAUCUGGUUUUAAUGUACAUUCUAGAGUGCCCUUCUAGCCAAUCAGAAACAAUGAUGCUGUGGGAUAAAUACUAUUAAUAAGAAAGUAUGUAUCCCCAGUGGCGCAACUUUGGUUUUAAGGCGGAAGACAUAAUUAUUAUUAUUAUUAUUAUUAUUAUUUUAAUCCAGUCGGAUAAACACUCCAAACAGGCUACCCGACCGCUUGGAAGCGUCUGCAUGGUCCUAAAGCACACCCGAGCCUUGUUUGUUAUCACAUUCCAAUGAUAAAACUGGGGGUGACAAAAAUGCAAUUUCAGAAAGAGUGAAAGUUGCGCCCCUGUGUAUCCCUCUCCUAAUGUAGCCUUCAUACGAAAAUAUAAGGAAAAAGUUGAAUUGUUAAACCUGUCCCAUUCUCCAGUGAUCAUGAAGAACCUGAACCACCCCCACAUCGUCAGCCUGAUCGGCGUCAUAGAGGAAGACCCAGUGUGGAUCGUCAUGGAACUCUACCAGUAUGGAGAGGUGAGAACCACAGCCACGCUAUGGUGUUAGCCAUGACGCUAUGUUGUUAGCCAUGACGCUAUGUUGUUAGCCAUGACGCUAUGUUGUUAGCCAUGACGCUAUGUUGUUAGCCAUGACGCUAUGUUGUUAGCCGUGACGCUAUGUUGUUAGUCGUGACGCUAUGUUGUUAGUCGUGACGCUAUGUUGUUAGCCAUGACGCUAUGUUGUUAGCCAUGACGCUAUGUUGUUAGCCAUGACGCUAUGUUGUUAGCCAUGACGCUAUGUUGUUAGCCAUGACGCUAUGUUGUUAGCCAUGACGCUAUGUUGUUAGCCGUGACGCUAUGUUGUUAGCCGUGACGCUAUGUUGUUAGCCAUGACGCUAUGUUGUUAGCCAUGACGCUAUGUUGUUAGCCAUGACGCUAUGUUGUUAGCCAUGACGCUAUGUUGUUAGCCAUAAUACUAUGGUGUUAGCCAUGACGCUAUGGGUGCGUUUACUACUCCGAUUUCAGAGCACUCUUGUCUGAGUGUGCCAGAGCGCAGAAUAACUGCUCAACACCCGUUGAAUAUGGCCGGUGUCAGCGCUCUCUGGCACUCCAGUGUGAAUUUAUGAACGCACCCUAUUUUAUUAGACAUGACGCUAUGUUUUAUAGCCAUGACGCUAUGUUUUAUAGCCAUGACGCUAAAUUGUUAGCCAUAAUGCUAUGUUGUUAGCCAUAAUGCUAUGUUGUUAGCCAUGACGCUAUGUUGUUAGCCAUGACGCUACGUUGUUAGCCAUGACGCUAUGUUGUUAGCCAUGACGCUAUGUUGUUAGCCAUAAUUCUAUGUUGUUAGCCAUAAUGCUAUGUUGUUAGCCAUGAUGUGUGAAUUGUCAUGAAGACAACAGCAGCCAUGAUCUUAUAAAAAUGAACUUGGAAACUUGGAUAGACUUGACUUAUAGCACAAUUUCUCCUGGCAGACCUGGGAUUCAAACCAGUGACCCUACAGGUGCUUCUCUACCAGCUUGUCCUGUCUGCUGCCCUAUCAUUCUGUUCCAUCUGUCUUCCAGCUGGGCAACUACCUAGUAGAGAACCAGCGCAAGCUGACCAACAUAACGCUGGUCCUCUUCAGCCUGCAGAUCUGUAAAGCUCUGGUCUACCUGGAGGGAAUCAGCAUGGUGCACAGGUAGGGAGAGGCUAUACGGACACGCCUGGGGCCCCAAAAUGGAUGACUUAUGUCACGCAGCGAGAGUUGAGUGGGGAUAAACUGAUUCAGUUCAGUCAGUCAUCCCAGGUAGCUAGUUCAUGCUUGUGGCUAGAAACUUCCAAGAGAAUUUGAAACUUGUCUGCCGAAGUUGGGAGUUGUGAGAAUGUUCAGAAUCAUUUCCGUUUUUUAAAUCGGAGUAAUUGUUUAUUAAUAGUUUGCUGGCCUGAUAUUGGCUACACUAUCUAACUACUUCCUUCUCCUUGCUGGCCUGAUAUUGGCUACACUAUCUAACUACUUCCCUCUCCUUACUGGCCUGAUAUUGGCUACACUAUCUAACUACUUCCUUCUCCUUACUGGCCUGAUAUUGGCUACACUAUCUAACUACUUCCCUCUCCAGCAGUGCUCAUCAUUAGUCUGCAAGCAGGAACGAAGGACACACUGUGCGCCGUGUUGUUCUGUUACCGGCUUGCAGCACAAACUCUCCCCAUUGAGCAGCAGUAGACCGUAUCACGGUGACAUCCAGAUGGCUACUACCAAUAUUACAAGUUAUUUGUCGUGUAGGAUGCUAUCCUACUCUUAAUAUAAAUCAAGUGGGAUGGAACACAUUGGCCACGUUAGCAUCAGAGGGAAGUACCUUGAUACAACGCCGUUGUACUGGUCGUUCACUCCGGCUUGUCGUUACGUUAAUUUAUUGGCAUGUCACGGUGACAUCCAGACGGUGACCGAUACUACAUGUUAUUUCUCCCUCGCCCGUCAAAAUAAACAUCACUUUCUUUUAGUGAGUAUUAACUAGCGCAAUGAUGCUGCUGUUGUUGUCAGCUAGCCGGCAUAAACUAGCUAGCCGGAAAGGGCUCAUCACUGACGACUGACUGAACCGAAUCCAUUAAUAUCUGCUCGACUCUCAGCUGUGCGACAUACGUCAUCAAUUUGGGCACCAGGCGUGUCCGUAUAGCUUUUCCCACACAGGUAGGGUGGCCAUCUUUACACCCAUAUUCCAUGUUCCACUUCAUCACACUCCUAGAUAUGUAAUACAUACACUGAGUAUACAAAACAUUCUAAACACCUUACUAAUAUUGAGUUGCACCCCCCCCUCCCCCUACAAGGUGUCGAAAACGUUCCACAGGGAUGCUGGGCCCAUGUUGACUCCAAUGCUUCCCACAGUUGUGUCAAGUUAGCUGGAUGUCCUUUGGGUGGUGGACCAUUCUUGAUACACACAGGAAACUUGUGAGCGGGAUGCGCCUGGCACCUACCCCCAUACCCCGUUCAAAGGCACUUACUGUAUAUCUUUUGUCUUGCCCAUUCACCAUCUGAAUGGCACACAUACACAAUCCCAUGUCUCAAGGCUUAUAAAUCCUUCUUUUAACCUGUCUCCUCCCCUUCAUCUACACUGAUUUGAAGUGGAUUUAACAAGUGACAUCAAUAAGGGAUCAUAGCUUCCACCUGGAUUCAGCUGGUCAGUCGUAUGUAAUGGAAAGAACAGGUGUCCUUAAUGUUUUGUCCACUCAGUGUAGAUGUCCAUGCUGCAAAGUACUAUUGCUGCCCACUAACCCAUGUUGUUGUUUACAUUUAUUUAACCUUUAUUUAACAAGUCAAUUAAGAACUAAUUCUUAGUUACAAUGACGGCCUACCAAGAGGCAUAAGACCUCCUGCGGGGACGGGGGCUGGGAUUUUUUUUUUUUUUAUGUAGGACAAAACACACAUCACGACAAGAGACACCACAACACUACAUAAAGAGAUACCUAAGACGACAACACAACAUCGCAGCAACACAACAUGACAACAGCAUGGCAGCAACACAGCAUGGUAGCAACACAGCAUGACGACAACACAACAUGACAGCAACACAUGACAACGACACGGUAGCAGCACAACAUGGCAUCAACACAACAUGGCAGCAACACAGCAUGGUAGCAACACAACAUGACAACAACACAACACAACACGACAACAACACAUGACAACACAGCAUGGCAGCAACACAACAACAUGGCAGCAACACAACAUGUUGUGUCCCAACAGAGACAAAGCACCUCUAAACACAGAGAACAGGGUUGUGUUCGUUAGAGCACACGGUAGCAAAACAUCUUGCAACAGGACGACAAACACCUGUAGUACCUCCGUUUCAACUAACCCUGUUUAUUGUCUCGGAACAGAGACAUAGCGGUGAGGAACGUGCUGGUGGCCACAGCAGACUGUGUUAGGCUGGGAGACUUUGGCCUGUCCAGAUACAUCGAGGAAGAAGAGUAUUACAAAGGUACGGGGAGAAUCUCAAUGUCAGUUCCUUGAUUCCUCGCGUCCUCUCACCGCGCCUCAUUUAAAAAAAAAAAAUAACCAUUGGAUGAGAAAGUCAGAUGGGAGGGACUUCUGACCUUCUCAUCCAAUGGGUUUUGAGAAGGAGGUCGAAGAGGAUGCAAGGAAUCAAGGAAAUGUAAUUGAGAUGCUCCCAUGGAGUGGUUGGUGGUCUGUCUGUGUGCUCUUAAAUACUGGCCUCACACUGGCUAAAUACAUAUUACCACUGUCUUUCUGCAUCACUUCCACAGCCUCAGUGAGCCGAUUACCUAUCAAAUGGAUGGCUCCAGAAUCCAUUAAUUUCAGACGCUUCACAACGGCUAGUGAUGUCUGGAUGUUUGGUAAGUCUGUUGAAAUGUUUUGGGGGAUCCUUUGCUUUUGCAGUAUUUCUGUGUGUGCCUGCGUUUCUCUCUCUCUCUCUCUCUCUCUCUCUCUCUCUCUCUCUCUCUCUCUCUCUUCUCUCUUCUCUCUUCUCUCUUCUCUCUUCUCUCUUCUCUCUUCUCUCUUCUCUCUCUCUCUUCUCUCUCUUUCACUGGUGGUCGCUGAGCCUGUAUUUGGUCAGGAUCUGUCUCUGUUUUGUAUUUCUGACAGUAGAGAUAUUCUGACCAUUUGUAUUCUGUUUUGAGGGCCAAAUAGAAAUGUUGUUUAUUCUGUGUUUUUGUUUCAUUUUUCCAAUUUGUCAAAAAAUAGGUUUUCAUUUCUGUAACAAUUUCAUUGAUCUCCCUGUGUGUUUGGAUAAUAGGGUUGUUUAGUUUUUUUAACAGCUGACAGCUGACUCUUUUCAGCGUUCAGGUCUUGGGUUUCCAGUGCUUUGAAUUGUAAGGAUGUUUUGGGGCUUCAUUUCAAAUGGUGCCAAAGUGUUACUGUCCUUUUCUUUAAAUUUACAAUUAAAGUCAAUCGUCCGAGUUCCGCUUUGCAUGCAUUAUCUGGUACUUUCUUUUGGAUAUUUAAGAUAUUUCUGCAGAAUUCUGUAUGUAGAUUUUCUAUUGGUUUUUUUUCCCCAAUACUUAUAAUCGUAAUUACAGGUUGGUCCUUAAACCUCGCUUCCAUAUAGUGCAAUUGGUAAAAUUACACUACUGAAUAUUUUUCACCAGAUUUGGAUAGGAAUAUUUAUUUUUGAGAAUUGUCUUUCUAUGGAGUAAAAUGCUUUGCAGGCUUUUUCUUUUAAAGCAUUCGCUGCCAGACCAAAUCCACCGGAGGCACUGAUUAUUAGGCCCAGGUAGUUAUACCAUUGGACGUGUUCAACCAAUGGUAUUUCCUCAUUUGAAGGAGUGUCUGCUGCUCUGAUUCAUGGCCUUUUUCUGGAGAAUCAAGACUUUGGUUUUCUGAAAGUUGAUGUUUAUUGCCCAGUUGAUGCUGUAUUCCCAAAGAAUGUUAAGUUGUUCCUGUAGUCUCUGUUGGUGACCGUAGGACAAGGUCCUCUGGGUAGAGCAGGAAUCUGACCUCCUCAUCUUGGUGACAGCAGGACAAGGUCCUCUGGGUAGAGCAGGAAUCUGACCUCCUCAUCUUGGUGACAGCAGGACAAGGUCCUCUGGGUAGAGCAGGAAUCUGACCUCCUCAUCUUGGUGACAGUAGGACAAGGUCCUCUGGGUAGAGCAGGAAUCUGACCUCCUCAUCUUUGAGGGUGAGUCCAGGGAAUGCAGAUCGGUCCAACAACACUGCUAGUUCAUUGAUGUAGACGUUGAACAGGGUUGGACUUAAACUGCACCCUUGUCUCACCCCUCGCCCCUUGUGCAAAAAAACUGUUAUUUUAUUGUUCAGUUUUAAUACUACAUGUGUUGUUCAAGUAAAUACAUUUUAUGAUGUCAUAUACUUUACCCCCAACGCCGCUUUGGAGGGUUUUGUAAUAUAAUCCAUUAUGCCAUACGGAAUCAAAAGCAUUCUUAAAAUCAACAAAACAUGCAAAUACUUUUCCUCUGCUUUUCUGAUGAACAUGCUGGUUUAUUAGUGUGUAAUGUGUGUGUGGGGUCUGUUGUUCUGUGUUCGGGUAGGAAACCAAUUCGUUUUUUUUCUGAGAGCGUAUUGAGCGUUAUGUUGUGUGAGGAAGGUCUGUAUUCGGUCAUUGAGAAUACAGCAGAACAGUUUCCCCAUGUUACUGGUGACACAUAUUCCCCUAAUAGGUAUUAGGGUCUAAUUUGUCACCUUUUUAUACAAGGGGGUUAUGAGCCCCUCAUUCCAAAUAUCAGGGAAGCAGCAACUCUCCAAAACCAGGUUGAAUAGUUUUAAUAAGGCAUCCUGUAGCUCAGGAGUACUGUGUUUUUAAGCAUGUCAUUAUUGAUGCUGUCAGGGCCACAUGCCUUUCCUCCUCUUGGAGGCCAUCAUUGGACUGGGGCAUUUGUUCAGUGUUCUGUCUUAACUUCUGUCUUGACUGUUCUAUUGAAGCACGGCUCUCCUCCUGGAAAUGCCUCGACUCUUCCAUCAGCGUCUGGACAGUGUCACAUUCUUGUUGUUUUCUCCCCCUGAAUUCUGGGGGGUUGUGUCCACAUACAAUUGUCUCGUGGUGUUGUUUCCAGACAUUUUAAGAUGUUUGUUUGCUUUGCGCAGGGCUGCUUGCCAAGCAUUUGGACGUUCAGUAAAAAGAGGAGAUCCACCUUGAUUUCUUUGUCUUUUUGUUGCAUAAAGUCUGCUCUUAGGGUCUCUGGGCGCUCUUUUAAAACCUUUGCUUUAUAUGUUUUCCUCCCUGCUUCACUGGCAAUACCUUCUGCAUAUUGGAUUGCAAGGUUGCUGAGCUAGACGUUUAUGAAUGUAAACAAAGCCUACCUUUCUUGUUUUCUGUCUGAAUAGUUUUCUCUUGCUUGUGUAAGUUUAGGUACUUGUUUUCCUGUGCUUUGUCCUGGUCCUUUGUCCUUUUUUAUUGUCCUUUUUGUUAUUUGUUAGCUAGGUUUUUUUUAGCUAACAGCAUGUAGCCUGUAGCUAGAAACUGUCUUAGCAACUCUGUAGCAACAUGUAAACGACUGUUAGCUUGUUAGCUUGUUAGCUAUCCAGUUGAGUUAGCAGGAUAAAAGUUGUUGUAUUUUCUUCUUCUGAUGUUAUAUUCUUAGUCCUUCUUCCUUUAUCUUUCACUCACUUGUUUUUCUCAAAUGUACUCUUCCUCUAAUUUAAAAUCUGAUAUAUAAUACUAGAUAUUAGGAGCUCAUCAUUUUACCUGCUGCUCUUGGAACUUGAAGCGCUCUCUCUCUCUCUCCUCUCCUCUCCUCUCCUCUCCUCUCCUCUCCUCUCCUCUCCUCUCCUCUCCUCUCCUCUCCCUCUCCUCUCCUCUCCUCUCCUCUCCUCUCCUCUCCUCUCCUCUCCGCCAUAGCGGUGUGUAUGUGGGAGAUCCUGAGCCAUGGGCAGCAGCCUUUCUUCUGGUUGGAGAACCGUGAUGUCAUCAACCAGCUGGAGCAGGGCAUCAGACUACCCAAACCUGACAACUGCCCCCCUGCCCUCUACUCCCUCAUGACCCGCUGCUGGUCCUAUGACCCCCGUGACAGACCCUCCUUCACCGAGCUGGUCGUCAAGAUCAGGUACUGACUGCCCUUUCCUGGCUUGGCUAUGUUCUGAAAUCUGAAUGUGGUUAAAGGUGGGUAAGGUGCUCCAUUAAACAAUUCCACCAACAAAUAUCCUGCCAAUAUGUACUUUUUCUUUUCACAGUGACGUCCAUCAGAUGGAGAAGGAGCAGCAGGUAGAGAGAGAGAGGGACAGAAAACGCUCCACCAAGUUCUUCGACACAAAGUUGAACUUCAACGAGCCUCCUCCUAAGGUAGUAUCCUAUCUUCUUGAUGAGACACACACACACACACACACACACAUAUACACACACACACACACACACACAACACAUACACACACACACACACACACACACACACCACACACACACCACACACACACAUACCCACUCAGCCAUAUUUCUUUCCUAACACACAUGUACCAUACCGUACAUGUUAGAAUAUACCAUCAUACACCCUACACAUCAAAAACAACACACACACCUACUCAUUCCAGUUUUUAUUUUUAUUUGUACUAUUUUCUACAUUGUAGAAUAAUAGUGAAGACAUCAGAACAAUGAAAUAACACAUAUGGAAUCAUGUAUUAACCAAAAAAAGUGUUAAACAAAUCAAAAUAUAUUUUAUAUUUGAGAUUCUUCAAAGUAGCCACCCUUUGCCUUGAUGACAGCUUUACACACUCUUGGCAUUAUCUCAACCAGCUUCACCUGGAAUGCUUUUCCAACAGUCUUGAAGGAGUUCCCACAUAUGCUGAUCACUUGUUGGCUGCUUUUCCUUCACUCUGCCGUCCGACUCAUCCCAAACCAUCUCAAUUGGGUUGAGGUUGGGUGAUUGUGGAGGCCAGGUCAUCUGAUGCAGCACUCCAUCACUCUCCUUGGUCAAAUAGCCUUUACACAGUCUGGAGGUGUGUUUUGGGUCACUGUCCUGUUGAAAAACAAAUGAUAGUCCUACUAAGCGCAAACCAGAUGGGAUGGCGUAUCGCUGCAGAAUGCUGUGGUAGCCAUGCUGGUUAAGUGUGCCUUGAAUUCUAAAUAAAUCACAGACAGUGUCACCAGCAAAGCACCCCCACAACAUAACACUUCCUCCUCCAUGCUUUACGGUGGGAACCACACAUGCAGAGAUCAUCCGUUCAGCCACACCGCGUCUCACAAAGACACGGCGGUUGGAACCAGAAAUCUCCAAUUUGGACUCAUCAGACCAAAGGACAGAUUUCCACCGGUCUAAUGUCCAUUGCUCGUGUUUCUUGGCCCAAGCAAGUCUCUUCUUAUUGGUGUCCUUUAGUAGUGGUUUCUUUGCAGCAAUUUGACCAUGAAGGCCUGAUUCACACAGUCUCCUCUGAACAGUUGAUGUUGAGAUUUGUCUGUUACUUGAACUCUGUGAAGCAUUUAUUUGGGCUACAAUUUCUGAGGCUGGUAACUCUAAUGAACUUAUCCUCUGCAGCAGAGGUAACUCUGGGUCUUCCAUUCCUGUGGCGGUCCUCAUGAGAGCCAGUUUCAUCAUAGCGCUUGGUGGUUUUUGGGACUGCAAUUGAAGAAACAUUUAAAGUUCUUGAACUUUUCCGGAUUGACUGACCUUCAUGUCUUAAAGUAAUGAUGGACUGUCAUUUCUCUUUGCUUAUUUGAGCUGUUCUUGCCAUAAUAUGGACUUGGUCUUUUACCAAAUAGGGCUAUCUUCUGAAUACCAGCCCUACCUUGUCACAAGACAACUGAUUGGCUCAAACACAUUAAGAAGGAAAGAAAUUCCACAAAUUAACUUUUAAUAAGGCACACCUGUUAAUUGAAAUGCAUUCCAGGUGACUACCUCAUGAAGCUGGUUGAGAGAAUGCCAAGCGUGUGCAAAGCUGUCAUCAAGGCAAAGGGUGGCUACUUUGAAGAAUCUCAAAUAUAAAAUAUAUUUUGAUUUGUUUAACACUUUUUUGGUUACUACAUGAUUCCAUAUGAGUUAUUUCAUAGUUUUGAUGUCUUCACUAUUAUUCUACAAUGUAAAAAAAUAAAGGAAAACCCUGGAAUGAGUAGGUGUGUCCAAACCUUUGACUGGUACUGUAAGUUACUCAGCGCCCGUCAUCGUUUCUGUCCCUGUCUCUCCAGCCCUCCAGGUUGAAACCUGGGGGUCGUUUUGGGAAGAGUAUUGGCCUGCACAUUCAGCUGAAUGAGGCCCUGUGUGCCAGCUCUCCAGACCUGGUCAGUCCCUGUGAAUUCACCACUCCUGUAGACUCUAGGAGCAACGCCUUGAUGGUGCCUAUGGUGUCUCCACGACGAUGCAGCAUGGGGGUGAGACUCUAGUUCUAGUCUACUUAAUUCUAGACUCUAGUUAUCUCGUUCUAGUCUACUUAAUUCUAGACUGUAGUUAUCUAGUUCUAGUCUACUUAAUUCUAGACUAGUUAUCUAGUUCUAGUCUACUUAAUUCUAGACUAGUUAUCUAGUUAUAUUCUACUUAAUUCUAGACUCUAGUUAUCUAGUUCUAGUCUACUUAAUUCUAGACUAGUUAUCUAGUUAUAUUCUACUUAAUUCUAGACUCUAGUUAUCUAGUUUUCUACUAAUCUAGACUAUAGUUAUCUAGUUCUAGUCUACUUAAUUCUAGACUCUAGUUAUCUAGUUCUAGUCUACUUAAUUCUAGACUCUAGUUAUCUAGUUUUAUUCUACUUAAUUCUAGACUAUAGUUAUCUAGUUCUAGUCUACUUAAUUCUAGACUCUAGUUAUCUAGUUCUAGUCUACUUAAUUCUAGACUCUAGUUAUCUAGUUCUAGUCUACUUAAUUCUAGACUCUAGUUAUCUAGUUCUAGUCUACUUCCUUCUAGACUCUGGUUACUCUAUUUCCACCCUCAGUGGGGGUUUAAAGAAACCGUAAGCAUCUGUUUUUCAGGGAUACAGUAUCUUCAACCUAGCUUCCGUUUCAUUUAUGCCUUCUACGUUAGGUCUCUAUGACGAUCCAAGUCAUGUGGUCCUGUGCUUGUGUUAAAGCCCUGUGUUACUGCUAUAAGCCCAACAAGCAUGGCUACUGUAUUACUAGCUCUGUACUAUAGGAUUGGUGUGUCUCCCUUCCAAUAGGAGGGUGAGUUCGUUGUGGAGCCGUCCAGUAAGGAGGACGCCCAGCGGUUGUGGCAGAUGGAGAGACUGCGUAUGCAGGAGACGAUGAGACAACAGAAACAACAGAUGAUGGAGGAUAACAAAUGGCUGACCAAGGAGGAGAGACUCCUGGUGGGGAAAACACCUCCGACCUUUACCCCCCUAGACCUAGCAACCCGCCCUAGCAACCACCCUAACAACCCCCUAACAACAAGUGGCUGACCAAGGAGGAGAGACUCCUGGUGGGGAAAACACCUCCGACCUUUACCCCCCUAGACCUAGCAACCCGCCCUAGCAACCCACCCUAACAACCACCCUAACAACAAGUGGUUGACCAAGGAGGAGAGACUCCUGGUGGGGAAAACACCUCCGACCUUUACCCCCCUAGACCUAGCAACCCGCCCUAACAACCACCCUAGCAACCACCCUAACAACAAGUGGCUGACCAAGGAGGAGAGACUCCUGGUGGGGAAAACACCUCCGACCUUUACCCCCCUAGACCUAGCAACCCGCCCUAGCAACCACCCUAGCAACCACCCUAACAACAAGUGGCUGACCAAGGAGGAGAGACUCCUGGUGGGGAAAACACCUCCGACCUUUACCCCCCUAGACCUAGCAACCCGUCCUAGCAACCACCCUAACAACAAGUGGCUGACCAAGGAGGAGAGACUCCUGGUGGGGAAAACACCUCCGACCUUUAUACCACUAUACCUAGCAACCCGCCCUAGUAACCACCCUAACAAUAAGUGGCUGACCAAGGAGGAGAGACUCCUGGUGGGGAAUAUACCUCCAACAUAUUCCCCCCUAGACCUAGCAAACCACCCUAACAACCCCUUAACAACAAGUGGCUGACCAAGGAGUAACGACUCCUGGUGGGGAAUACACCUUCGACCUUUACCACCCUAGACCUAGUAACCUGCCCUAGCAACCGGGCCCUAGUCCGCCCUAACAACUAGCUCUCUGUACGCCCUGUCCACCAUAACUACCUUCCGUCCACCUUAUCAACCAACCCCCUCUCCACCCUAACCACCAGUCCCGUAACUCUCACUCUCAGUGGGUCUGUUUUUGAACUGACUGUCCCUAUGGGGACCAUGGGGUCCGUGGCCAAUCGACGGUCCACGUCCAUAUAGUGUCAAAUGAACCUGAAGCUACUUGUUCCUUUACAGGAUCCCAUGGGACAGGAGGACGCCUCCAGUCCACUGGUAUGUGUCUUUUUAAAAGCUCAUAUAUGCAUAUAACAAGUUCUAAAGCAUUAUACCUUCAGGCUUUAGGUUUAGUGUUACCAGCAGCCUCUGUUUUUCUGGUCUGUCAUUCACUCGUCUGUCUGUCCAUUUACAUGAAAUCACAAUGAAUUGGUAACAAAUCCCCAACUGUCUUUCCUGCUAUGCGAUAUGGAGUUGUAGUAGGUACGAUGAUUAGUCAGGUUUCUAUAGUUAUUCUGCUUUUUGUCUCUGUCUGUAGUCACCUGAAGCUGAGACUGAACAUGGUGAGUGGUCCUUCAGAAUAUCUAGUCGUAUGAAAUGGAAUUUGAUUAAGUGUAACAAAAGUAUCAUAAACAUCCUCCAGUCCUUCUCAUACACCCCUCCCUCUCUCCCCCCGCCUCCAUCUCUCCCCCCUCUCUCCCCCCCUCUCUCCCCCUGCCUCCCUCUCCCCCGCCCUCAUCUCCCCCCUCUCUUCCCCCUGCCUUCCUCUCCCCCCUCUCUCCGCCCCCCUCCCUCUCUCCCCCCGCCUCCCCCCCCUCUCUCCGCCCCCCUCCCUCUCUCCCCCCGCCUCCCCCUUCCCCCCGCCUCCCUCUCUCUCUCCCCCUCUCUUCCCCCCGCGUCCCUCUCUCUCCCUCCCUCUCUCCCCCCCUCCUCCUCUCUCCCCCUCCUCCUCUCUCCCCCCUCUCCCCCCCUCCUCCUCUCUCCCCCUCCUCCUCUCUCCCCCCCUCUCCCCCCCCUCCUCCCUCCCUCACUCUCUCCCUCCCUCUCUGAAACCCCAGCCCCGCCAGACAAGCCCCCACGUCUCCCCGUCCCCACAGCCCAGGCCUUCCCAACAGCAGAGCUGGACCGGUCAGAUGACCAGGUGUACCAGGCGGUGAUGGAGCUGGUCAAGGUGGUGGUGCAGCUGAAGAACGAUGUCAACACACUACAGCCUGAACAAUACAUCAACAUAGUGAAGGUAAAGACAUGGAAGGUGGUGACUAGUCCCGUAGGAAACCUGAAUCAGACACUUGUGAUUCAGCUUGGAGUUCCACUUUUGGGAAAAUGAGUCCCAUUGUACCGGGCGAACUCAAUCAAGGGCAGCUCAAGUAUAUGAAAGUAUUUGACUGUACUCAGGUCUGCUGUAGGAUAGAGGCAAUGGACCCACAGAAGCAUUAUAAGAUAUGGAGUUUCUGUAUCCCAAUUUGCCCAGGCUAAAAAUACUGAUAUUUCUGCGCAUGUGCAGGAUUUAUUUUUACGUAGCUGAGUACCCACUCCGCUUCCUAUGUAGCUGCUGUGCUGAGUGUCUAGUCCGCUUCCAUGUAAGCGUCCUGAUUGCCUAGUCCCCUUACUAUGUAGUUCGUGCUGAGUGCCUGUCCCUUACUAUGAGCUGCCUGUGCUGAGUGCCUCCCACUUCCAUCGGUAGAUGCUGUGCUGAUGUCUAGUCUGGCUUCCAUGUAGAAGCUGUGCUGAUGAUCUAGUCCGCUACUCCUAUGUAGAUGCUGUGCUGAGUGGUCUAGUCCGCUAACUUGAUCUGCUGUGCUGAUGUCUAGCUCCGCUUCCUAUGUCUGCUUGUGCUGAGUCUGUCCGCUUCCUAUAGGCUGCUGUGCUGAAGUGUCUGUCUCGCUUCCUAUGUAGAUGCUGUGCUGGAGUCCUAGACGCUUCCUAGUAGAGCUGUUCAGUGUCAUCCGCUUGCCUAUGGUAGCUGCAAUGUGCUGAUGUCUAGCCGCUGUGCAUGAUUUAUUUUUACUGUAGCUGAGUCCUAUCCCGCUUCCUAUGUAGCUUGCUGUGCUGAGUGCUAGUCCGCUUCCUAUGUAGCUGCUGUCCUGAUGGCCUAGUCCUUCCAUGUUAGCGCUGUGCUGAGUGUUCUAGUCCCGCUUCCCUAUGUAGAAUGCGUGUGCCUGAGUGUUUAGUCCGCUUCCUAUGUAGCUGCUGUGCUGAGUGUCUAUCUGUCUUCCUAUGUAGAUGGCUGUGCUGAGUGUCUAGUCCGCUUUCCCAUGUAGCUGCUGUGCUGAGUGUCUAGUCCGCUUCCUAUGUAGCUGCUGUGCUGAGUUGUCUAGUCCGCUUCCUAUGUAGAAUGCUGUGCUGAGUGUCUAGUCCGCUUCCUAUGUAGCUGCUGUGCUGAGUGUCUAGUCCGCUUCCCAUGUAGCUGCUGUGCUGAGUGUCUAGUCCGCUUCCUAUGUAGAUGCUGUGCUGAGUGUCUAGUCCACUUCCUAUGUAGAUCUGUGCUGAGUGUCUAGUCCGCUUCCUAUGUAGCUGCUGUGGCGGAGUGUCUAGUCCGCUUCCUAUGUAGAUGCUGUGCUGAGUGUCUAGUCCGCUUCCCAUGUAGCUGCUGUGCUGAGUGUCUAGUCCGCUUCCUAUGUAGAUGCUGUGCUGAGUGUCUAGUCCGCUUCCUAUGUAGAUGCUGUGCUGAGUGUCUAGUCCGCUUCCUAUGUAGCUGCUGUGCUGAGUGUCUAGUCCGCUUCCUAUGUAGUUGCUGUGCUGAGUGCCUAGUCCGCUUACUAUGUAGCUGCUGUGCUGAGUGCCUAGUCCACUUCCCAUGUAGCUGCUGUGCUGAGUGUCUAGUCCGCUUCCUAUGUAGAUGCUGUGCUGAGUGUCUAGUCCGCUUCCUAUGUAGCUGCUGUGCUGAGUGUCUAGUCUGCUUCCUAUGUAGAUGCUGUGCUGAGUGUCUAGUCCGCUUCCCAUGUAGCUGCUGUGCUGAGUUCCACUCCCCCCUCCUUGAUACCUUUUGUCUGGUCACUGGUGUAGCCUACAAACUUAAUGUUGUACACAGAACUGUUCAAACUAUUGCAUUCCACGCCUUUAUUUUAGUAGUGGCGGGGCGUGUAUCUGUAGCCACGGUAACAGCUUGACUUGCCAGGACGUAUUUUAUUGAUUAAAGACUCCCCUCUCGCUCCAGUCUAUAGGGCUGACCUUGCGGAGUCUGAUCCACAGUGUGGAUGAUAUUCUACCUACCCUGCAUGAGUCCAUCAGGACAGAGGUACAGUAACAACCUUCUCCGUUUUACCUCACUCCUUCUCUCCGAUAUCCCCCGUCCUCAACAGUAUAUCCCCCAUCCUCAACAGUAUAUCCCCCGCCUUCAACAGUAUAUCCCCCGCCUUCAACAGUAUAUCCCUCGUCCUCAACAGUAUAUCCCUCGUCCUCAACAGUAUAUCCCCCGUCCUCAACAGUAUAUCCCCCGUCCUCAACAGUAUAUCCCCCGCCUCAACAGUAUAUCCCUCGUCCUCAACAGUAUAUCCCUCGUCCUCAACAGUAUAUCCCCCGUCCUCAACAGUAUAUCCCCUGUCCUCAACAGUAUAUCCCCCGUCCUCAACAGUAUAUCCCCCGUCCUCAACAGUAUAUCCCCGUCCUCAACAGUAUAUCCCCCGUCCUCAACAGUAUAUCCCUGCCUCACGAUAUCCCCCGUCCUCAACAGUUAUAUCCCCCGUCCUCAACAGUAUAUCCCCCGUCCUCAACAGUAUAUCCCCCGUCCUCAACAGUAUAUCCCCCGUCCUCAACAGUAUAUCCCCCGUCCUCAACAGUAUAUCCCCUCCCCGUAUCCCUGCACUCAGUAUAUCCCCCGCCCUCAACAGUAUAUCCCCUCGUCCUCAACAGUACUAUCCUCCCUUCCCCGUCCUCAACAGUAUAUCCCCCUGCCCUCAACAGUAUAUAUCCCCCGUCCUCAACAGUAUAUCCCCCGUCCUCAACAGUAUAUCCCCUCGUCCUCACAGAUAUCCCCGUCCUCAACAGUAUAUCCCUGUCCUCAACAGAUAUCCCCGUCCUCAACAGUAUAUCCCCCGUCCUCAACAGUAUAUCCCCCGUCCUCAACAGUAUAUCCCCUUCCCCCGUCUCAACAGUAUAUCCCCCGUCCUCAACAGUAUAUCCCCCGUCCUCAACAGUAUAUCCCCUGUCCUCAACAGUAUAUCCCCCGUCCUCAACAGUAUAUCCCCUGUCCUCAACAGUAUAUCCCCCGUCCUCAACAGUAUAUCCCCCGUCCUCAACAGUAUAUCCCCCGUCCUCACAGUAUAUCCCCCGCCCUCAACAGUAUAUCCCCUGCCCUCAACAGUAUAUCCCCUCCUCAACAGCAUAUCCCUCGUCCUCAACAGUAUAUCCCCUGCCCUCAACAGUAUAUCCCCUGCCCUCAACAGUAUAUCCCCUGCCCUCAACAGUAUAUCCCCCGUCCUCAACAGUAUAUCCCCCGUCCUCAACAGCUAUAUCCUCUGUCCUCACAGUAUAUCCCCCUGCUCAACAGUAUAUCCCCUGCCUCACAGUAUAUCCCCCUCCUCAACAUAUAUCCCCCGUCCUCAUCACUCAUAUCCCCCUGUUCCCCACAUGAGAUGUUCACUUAGGAACAAUGACAAAGGAGUUGGCUAAAAGAGAAAACAUGCUAGCAUGCAGGCUACCAUUAACCUUUCACUCUCUCCAAUCCUCUCCCCUCCUCUCAGAUCGAGGGCACCCAGAAGCUGUUGAACAACGACAUGGCAGAGUUGAUCAGUAAGAUGCGUCUGGCCCAGCAGAACGCAAUCACCUCUCUGAAGGAGGAGUGUAAGAAACAGAUGCUGACUGCAGCACACAACCUGGCCAUGGACGGGAAGAACCUCCUGGAUGCUGUGGACCAGGCCAGGGUCAGGGCCAACCUGGCCAAGCCCAAACCGGAGGACCCAUAG